AGAGGGGGAGGAUAUGUCGAGGCCGAUUUUGAUGACCGAGAAUCGCGUCGACUCCUGGGUAGGGAUGGACGAUUCUUUCGUAAUACCUUAAGGCGAUGUGAAAGUGGCGUCAAAGAGUUCUCGGUCAUGAAACAUUUCUCCACACUCUGGUACACUCCAUUCGGUCGAAAGUUUCAUAAGCGAGACCUGUUUGACACCGCUGUAACGUCCCCUUAAAGUAUCAAAGACUCUAGGUUGCCGCUUCGCGGCGCUAGGGGCACCCCCCACUCCUCCGCUCCCCUCCCUUAGCCCCGCCCCUUCGUGCUCGAGCGCGACCGGCGAACGCUCAGUACGCGGCUGCGCCUCGGACCGGAAGGUACUGUCGAGGGUUCCCGUCGCAUUCGGGCUCUGCCAGCAACAUCCGAGAGGAGCCGACCUUGAACCCCGCCGAGAAAGGUAUUUUCGGAGGCCGACCUCGGCUGCGUUCGCCAGGACUUUCCCGCACCUCUACCCACCCCUCGGGCAUCCCUUCGAGGAAAUGGUCCGUGCUGGCCAUCUCGACCACGCGACCGCCGGAGAGGCUCAACUUGAACCAGAGAAGCGGGAGAUGUGUUCGAUCGCCAUGCCUGCGGAGCUGAUCCUGGGGCACAGUCCCCCCCUGUACAGUCCCCUGCGCUACAACCCCCGGGUGGUCACGGCGACCCCCAUCUCCACCAGGUCGGUGCCCCCCAGGAUCAGGCCCUGCCUUUCCACGGGAUCGCUCUCCCUGGACGAACUCCACAACGGGAGGCGGAAGAAGAGGGUGGUCUUCGCCGACGACUGCGGCGGGCCGCUUACACAGGUACGAGUGAUGUCGGAGGGCAGCAACAUGCCGCCGUCCUGGACGAGCGCGUACUUCGCCGACCUCACCAGGAACAUCACCGAGAAACUCGCGCCUCCACCCUGGGAGGUGACGUUCACCCACCCUGCCAGCGACUACCUCACCUUCAGGAAGAAGCUGGACCAGCAGGCGGUGUGCCUGGAGAACGUGGUCGUGAAGGAGAACGAGCACUGCCUGGUGGGGACGGUCAAGGUGAAGAACAUCGCCUACGACAAGGAGGUCAGCGUCCGCGCGAGCACCGACUCCUGGAGGACCUACGAGGACGUCUACUGCAGCUACGUCGAGCAGCCCGGCACCCUGCAGCCCGCCCUGGUACUCUACGACACCUUCAGGUUCCGGCUCACCCUGCCCAUAAAGUCCAACACCGUCGAGUUCUGCGUGCGGUACUCCAUCGGCGGGACCGAGUACUGGGACAACAACCUCGGCAGCAACUACGUCGUCCGGAAGAAGCAGGAGGUCGCUGCGAGGCACUGUGAGUCCCUGACGGUGGACGCGCCGGCGGGGUUCCUGACGACGAGCUCCUCUCCUGGCAUCACCGACGCGACGAGGGUGAAUCUGCAGUCCUGGAGUGAAUUCGCGUCCUGGAGCCACCUGACGAACGAUGGGCCCUACUGGUGAGGCCCCGACUGAGAAAUCCGGCCUGGCCCGCCGACUGUGUACAAAGGAACCCCGGAAGGAAGUCCUGAAGGGACUCCAGAAGGAACUCCAGAAGUAGCUCUAUAAGGAGUCCCAGAAGGAACCGUACACUGGGAGACAUCAAUGCCCUCCCAUCCUGCACAGGCGAUGCCGUAUCUGCAGGGGAGGCAUUCAUGC